AUUUGCGGUGGUACCAGGUGGAGGCCCUCAGCGCGGCGCUACAGCGCACGGAGGAGCAUUACGAGGACCAGAGCAAGAAGAGCACCCACCUACGCUCGCUUUUUCACGUUUUCUGUGGCUUGGGUAAGACGCGGCUUUUUUGUGCUCGGAUUCUCAGCGUGAGUGCUCAAUUUAUUAAGGGUAUUCAAGUUACAUCCUCUACUAGCUACCAUCCUUGACCUCUUUCUUAGUAGGAAAAAGGCUAAGGGUGACGCUCUGAAGAGUGUAAUUGUGCAGCCUCUAAAUUUUCGCUCAUUGUAGUUCCAAGUCUAGAACUCAUCCGCCAGUUUCGGAGCGAGCAAAUCCUGCACCCUCAGGGUGACCUCUUUGCAAACAGAAGCGAGUGGUUCAAAGAUUUCGACUUCGUAGCGAUCUGUUCCGAGCAAUCUGAACACGCCGAAGAGCUGGAGAAAAAAGGGGUUCGACAGUUCUCUGCCUCAAAUGCGAGCGGUAUCAAGGAAUUUUUCGACAAGAGGAACGAGUCUGAUUUUGAUAUGGCUUCUGGAAAGAAACAGCCAUACUUACUGGCGCUUCCUGUAAUCUUCAUAGUAAUACGUAUAUUCAUGAUUAUCAAACAUAAACUGAGGCGCGACAUAUAAAGACUCUACUCGAAGAGAUCCCAUUUUGUGCUCCAGGAGAGUACUACUCGGCCUGGAAAAGUUCAUACAUUAUUUUUACACCGGGAGGAUUCAUCCACUUCCACCGUAAACUAAUAGUGCGCUGACUACUGAGUGCUUAGAGACCCAUGGCCUGGCGUGGUGCAUGGAGUACAGACACAACAUAGGGCAGCGCCUCUUUCGCUCUAAUUCUACCAAGAAGGUCGUCGCCAUUGUGACGAUAGACUCCAGAAGGGAGCUCCUAAAGCGGUUGCGUGAAAACAGAGUGACGAUCGGCCUCGAGAUAGUGGACGAGGCC